AUGCGAAGACACAGAAAUGAAGUGACAAUUGAACUUCGGAAGAGCAAGAGAGACGAGCAUCUGUUGAAAAAAAGAAAUGUGCCGCAAGAAGAGAGUUUAGAAGACUCAGAUGUUGACGCCGAUUUCAAAGCACAAAACGUAACCCUAGAAGCUAUAUUACAGAACGCUACCAGCGAUAACCCCGUCAUUCAACUCAGUGCUGUCCAAGCUGCUAGAAAGCUGUUAUCAAGCGACAGAAAUCCUCCUAUUGAUGACUUAAUAAAAUCUGGAAUUUUACCCAUCUUGGUGAAAUGCUUAGAAAGGGAUGAUAAUCCUUCCUUACAGUUCGAAGCUGCGUGGGCCCUGACUAACAUAGCAUCAGGCACUUCUGCACAGACCCAAGCAGUUGUACAAUCUAAUGCAGUGCCUCUCUUCUUAAGACUGCUCCAUUCGCCGCAUCAGAAUGUGUGUGAACAAGCCGUGUGGGCUCUUGGGAAUAUUAUUGGUGAUGGUCCCCAGUGUAGAGAUUAUGUCAUAUCACUGGGAGUUGUCAAACCUCUUCUCUCCUUCAUCAACCCUUCCAUUCCCAUCACCUUCCUCCGGAACGUCACAUGGGUCAUUGUAAAUCUCUGCAGGAAUAAGGACCCCCCACCGCCUAUGGAGACCGUUCAGGAGAUUUUGCCAGCCUUGUGUGUUCUCAUAUACCAUACAGAUAUAAACAUUCUUGUGGACACCGUUUGGGCUUUGUCCUACCUAACGGAUGGCGGCAAUGAACAAAUACAGAUGGUGAUAGAUUCGGGUGUCGUACCUUUUCUAGUUCCCCUCCUGAGCCACCAGGAGGUUAAAGUUCAGACGGCAGCACUGAGAGCGGUCGGCAACAUAGUCACCGGUACCGAUGAGCAGACGCAAGUCGUUCUCAACUGUGACGUCCUGUCGCACUUCCCAAACCUUUUGACACAUCCGAAAGAGAAGAUCAACAAGGAAGCGGUUUGGUUCCUUUCCAAUAUCACGGCAGGUAAUCAGCAGCAAGUUCAAGCUGUAAUAGAUGCUGGACUUAUACCGAUGAUCAUUCAUCAACUGGCUAAGGGAGACUUUGGCACACAAAAGGAAGCUGCCUGGGCAAUUAGCAACUUAACAAUAAGUGGAAGGAAAGAUCAGGUCGAAUACCUUGUCCAGCAGAGCGUAAUCCCGCCUUUCUGUAACUUGCUAUCAGUCAAAGACUCUCAAGUGGUGCAAGUGGUUUUGGACGGGCUGAAAAACAUCCUAAUAAUGGCUGGCGACGAGGCAAGCACAAUAGCAGAAAUUAUUGAGGAAUGCGGAGGGUUAGAGAAAAUUGAAGCACUGCAGCAACACGAGAACGAGGACAUCUAUAAACUAGCGUUCGAAAUAAUAGAUCAGUAUUUCUCUGGUGACGACAUUGACGAAGACCCCAGCCUCAUUCCGGAAGCGACGCAAGGAGGCACUUACAACUUCGACCCGACGGCCAAUCUCCAAACGAAAGAAUUCAAUUUUUAAGCUCAAUACAAAACGCAGUCUUGUCUGUCCCACACCAAUAAGAUGUUACCACCAGAUGGCGCUACCAUUUAAAAGAAAAAAAAACAAGGUCCCAAGCAUAUGCCUUCUUGUCUGAUGCUUCUAAAGCAAGUCAUUUAUCGGUCACUCUGCAGUUGCCAAAAGUCACCGUCACAUGGACUGUAAAAGCAUAUGCAUGAUCUCAUAAACUGUUUUAGAAUUUUUUAAUAGCCCCUGCUACCUUUCCUCUUCUU